AUGGAAAGCAACAUGACAGAGAUUACAGAGUUCAUCCUGCUGGGAUUUCCAGGCGGCCCAAGGAUGCACUUGGUCCUCCUUGGCCUCUUCUCCCUGUUCUACGUUUUCACCCUGCUGGGCAAUGGCGUCAUCCUGAGGCUCAUCUGUCUGGACCCCAGACUGCACACCCCCAUGUACUUCUUCCUCUCCCACCUGGCCAUCGUGGACAUGGCCUACGCCUGCAACACGGUGCCCCAGAUGCUGGUGAACCUCCUGCAUCCCGCCAAGCCCAUCUCGUUUGCUGGAUGCAUGAUCCAGACCUUUCUCUUCCUGACCUUCGCUAUCAUAGAGUGUCUCCUGCUGGUGGCCAUGUCCUACGACCGCUACGUGGCCAUCUGCUGCCCGCUGCGCUACUGCGCGCUCAUGAGCUGGAGAGUGUGCACCGGCCUGGCCGCGGCUUCCUGGACCGUCGGCGUCCUUCUCUCCUUGGUUCAUUUAGGGUUCCUUCUACCACUACCCUUCUGCAGGUUCCAGAAAAUCAACCACUUUUUCUGUGAAAUCAUGGCUGUCCUCAAACUCGCCUGUGCCGACACCCGCACCAAUGAGACCCUGGUCCUGGCCGGGGCGGCGUUCGUGCUGGUGGGGCCGUUCUCCUCCAUCGUGGCCUCCUACAGCUGCAUCCUCGCAGCCAUCCUGAGGAUCCAGUCCCGGGAAGGCCGCAGGAAGGCCUUCUCCACCUGCUCCUCCCACCUCUGCGUGGUGGGGCUGUUCUAUGGCACGGCCAUGAUCAUGUACGUGGGACCCAGGUCCGGCAAACCUCAGGAGCAGAAGAAAUACCUCCUGCUGUUCCACAGCCUUCUCAACCCCAUGCUCAACCCGCUCAUCUACAGUCUCCGGAACUCAGAAGUGAAAACCAGCCUGAAGAGAGUGCUCCGAAUGCAGGCCGAUUGCUAA